UCAUUGGUCGAUUACACAGGAAAGAGGUAAAUUCGAAAAGACAAGCCAGGUGGUGUUUACAGUGAGGAAUUUAGGUCGUAAACAGAAAACUUGUCUCAUAUAAUGACCAGGAAUAAUCAGUGAAAAAUACAAAAUGAAACCACAACGCGGAAAAACACCAAAGAAGAAGAAUGCAACACAAACAGAUCCAGUCGAGGUGUACUGUAGGAUACGUCCCCUUGACAAUCCUGAUGAUCCGACUUGUAUUAAAGCUCUUAACAAUACUGUCAUUCAACUAAUACCUCCUCAGAACACAGAGAGGGUGACAAGAAAUGGCCAGGUGAAAGAGUACCAGUACACAUUCCAGUAUUUAUUUGAUGAGUAUUCAUCACAGAAAAAGAUAUUUGACUAUGUGGCUAUGCCCCUGAUGGAGGAUCUCAUCAAUGGCAAAAAUGGUCUGCUGUUUUCAUAUGGUAUCACAUCAUCUGGGAAGACCUACACAAUGACUGGUGUGCCACAGGAUCAGGGCAUCCUCCCCCGCUGUCUUGAUGUCCUUUUCAACACCAUUGAGGGACUCCAGGCCAAGAAAUAUGUGUUCAAGCCAGACAGAAUGAACAGUUACGAAGUACAGAGUGAAGUAGAUGCCAUGAUGGAGAGACAGAAGAAAGACAUACUGCCAGGAAUGACAACUCCGAAAACACCCAGACACAGGGACGGUUUUGAAGUAGAGGAUCAUGGCCGUGUGGAGGAUGGGGAUCGUGUAGAAAACGUGGAUGAAGACAACAAUUAUGCAGUGUUUGUGUCAUACACAGAGAUAUACAACAACUAUGUUUACGACCUCCUGGAAGAGCUCCCUUGGGAUCCAAUAGUGGGCUACAAACCUCCACAGUCCAAGUUAUUGAGGACUGACUCCCAGGACACCAUGUAUGUGAUGAACUGUGUGGAGGUGGAAUGCAAGAGUACACAGGAGGCUCUCAACAUUCUCUACAGAGGUCAGAAGAGAAGAAAAGUAGCACACACAGCACUGAAUGCCGAGUCAAGUAGAAGUCACAGCAUAUUCAACAUCCGCCUAGUACAGGCUCCACUAGACCCCAGGGGUGAGGAGGUCUUACAGGAUGCUGACAAGGUUUGUGUUAGCCAGCUGUCGUUGGUGGAUCUGGCUGGUAGUGAACGCUGUCAUAGGACAGGCAACAUGGGUGAUAGACUGAAAGAGGCUGGUAACAUCAACCAGUCUCUGAUGGUGCUGAAGACAUGUAUGAAACUACUGAGAGAGAACCAGAAGAACAGUGAGAAUAAGAUGGUGCCGUACAGAGAUUCAAAGCUAACCCACUUGUUCAAGAACUAUUUUGACGGGGAUGGGAAAGUUCGGAUGAUUGUGUGUGUCAACCCCCGAGCUGAGGAGUACGAUGAAACCAUUCAUGUGAUGAAAUUCGCGGAGCUGACACAGGAAGUGAUGGUUGCAAGGUCACAGCAGGUCAAGUUUGACAUUGGUCUGACUCCUGGCCGUCGUAGGAUGAACCAGCAAUACAAGGAAGCAUUAGCCGAUAUUCCACUUAUAGAUGAAGAGAUGCCCAUGGUACAGCCGAUAGCUUACAGCUUGGGACCAAGUUUCCCAUCUCUAGAGGUGCUUCACUCUCGUGAUGAUUUCACAAUGAACCAACUGCAGAACUUCUUAGAAGACCGUUACAAACGCAGGGAAAACUUACUAAUGGACUAUAACAGGAAACAGGAGCAGUUCCGUGCCGAGCUGGUCGUAUUUGAGAAAGAGUACUCAGCAACAAAGGUAAAGAAUUCCGAGCUACAGACAGUGCUGGAUAAGAAGGAAUCUUAUAUACAGAAGCUGGAGGCACGGCUACGUAGUACAGAAAAGAAAAAUGAGGAAAUGUCAAAGACAAUCAAGAUGUCAGAACGUGAGCGCCGGGAACUGGAUGCAAAGCUCCAGGAUAAGAAUGUAAAGAUUCGACAGGAACGGUCCGAGAAGGAACGACUGAAGAAUGACUUUAGGACCCGACUGGAAAUGAAUAAUCACCACUGGGAGAAAAAUCUGGAAAAAGAAAAACAUAAAAUAGAAUCAGAAUUUGGAGGUCAGAUCUGGGAAAAACAGAAAAAGUUGAAUCUGUUAAGGAGUAUAGUGAAUGACAAGGAUAAUAAUUUUGAGGAGCCUAGAGGAGGAUUCAGGACCCCUGCCCCCAAACCACGUACAUUCACCACUCCCAGUAAGAUCAUGACUGCCAAAUCAGAGACAGACAUUUCAUCAGUUGGAACCAACUCAACUCCCAGGACUCGUACUGCGACAGGGACAGUGAGUUCUGCCCGGGCCGCAUACCAACAGAGGAUAGCCUCGUCACAGGCCAGCAGAAAUACUCCGGUGUACAACCCGAGACAUCGAAGGUCAAGGUCAUCCAACGCUGAGAUUUGGUUGGACCAUAAACCAGCUGGAAAUGUUGAAUUGGCUGUUGGAAAGGAUGGAUUUUUUGAAUACACUGUACUACAGCCAAAGAUGAAGAAAAAGAAGUCUGUAACCAAGUUAGAGGUGAAGGACACCAAGGAAGUGUCCAAAUACUGUCUGACACAUCAACAAAUGGACAGUGGUGGGGAACUGGAGACUAAACUUGUCAAGGGUGAUGUGAUGCCAACAGCCGCUGGGGGUACAGCAGUAGUGUUUACUGAUGUGGAGAGUCUCAAACAGAAAUCACCCGGGACGAGGAAGAGGAGAAGCUCUUGUCCACAGCCAACAGACUACGAGGGGGACUGGACUGACACUGAAGAAAGGUGUAGGAUUGCUAUUGAGGGGCAUAGCAGAAAACGUAGUCGAGGAACAGAGAGAGAAUCGCGGGUGUAGGACACUGCAGCUGAGAAACUGAUCUGUGAUAUUGGGAGGGACGUGAUUGUGGAAUUCUUACACAUUCAGGCAAAUACAAGACACACAAAAAUCAAUUAAUCUUGGGGAAGAUUGAACAAUAGUACAGAUUUGCUGAAAAUGUGUUAAGCUUGAGAGUUUGAGAACAGAAAUCUCAAAUGUUUGUUUAUGAAUAUCCAACUGACACGUGUGUUUGUGGUACAAGACUUUCACUCUGGAUUACUUCAGAUUUUAGUAUGUAGAUAUAGGCCUGUAUUUCAUCGAAGUUUAUAAUGGCAGUAAAGACAACAUCAUUACAGAGGUACUUGUAUAGUGAAUUAAACCUGCAGGCCAAAUCCAUGGGUAUAAUGCCUAAAUUCAAAUGAUUUUGAUUUCCAUGAAAGACAGAAAGACAACGUAGGAAAUUAUAUGUUCUCUAUUAAAUACUUUUCAAAGUUUAUACUUCAAUUUUAAUGGUAAAUUCAUGUGUUCAGUUAUACUAAAAGUAAUUAAUCAAAAUUUUAGAAAAUUAUCUUUAGAAAAUUUCUGAGAAAUGUAAUGAUAUGUAAUCUACAUAGCGCACAGCCGUGUAUAGGUUACCCAGGCUCUAAUUUCAUCAAUUUUCCUAAUCUUGAAAUUCUCCAUAGAAAACCAGGAUUGGAUUAAAGAAAAAAUAUUGAGAAUUUUUUCUUACGUUCUGAUACAGCUAUUCCAGUAAAAUAUAUAUCCAUUGAAAGGAUUCCAGAAAAUAACAAAAAUGUAUGAUUGGUUGGUGCUGGAGAAAAUUGCCACUUAUUAUGUGAUAGGUGCUGGAGAAAAUGCCACUUAUUUAAUAUGUGGUACUCUUUGAAUUAAAUCACUUCUACUGGUGGUACCUCUACAGGUGGUACCUGGGUAUGACUAUCCUGGAGACCUCCCGUUGGGUAGAUAUUUUACUUGGGUAGCCUUUAUGCAUUCUUAUGAAAAAUUUUAAUUUUAGGAUUUUGAUGAAACUGGGGCCAGUGGCUUUAGGAGCUGGUGCAAAGUUUUAAUGUAUAGGUGUAUUCAUGUAGUUUGUAUAAAAUUUGUAUUCUUUCUGUAUUCACAUUCUUAAACAUUGUUUUAACGCUGCAUCAUCUAUUAUGUAUUCAACAAUAUUUACGAAUUUUUGACUGAAUUAUGAAAUUGCUUAUGUUCUAAAUCUUGAAGAUUCCAAAUGUAGAGAUCAUUGACAAUCUACACUGUACAACACCAUUCACCUCUGGACAUUUUUUUCUUUCCUUUUUUCUCCCUUAUCUGUCACUUCAUUCCUUUUAAAAUUCCACUUUGGAUUCUAACAGCUGAUGUAAGAUAUCAAAUAUUACCUUAAAUUAAGGUCCUUUGUAGUCACACUGCAGAAAAAUAAAACAUACAUAUGAUGUGUUAUUAUUUCCUUCUUAAUUCACACUUCAUUUCGGACUAAAAAUACCUGUUUCUGCUGACCACUAUAGAAUAGCAUUCCUUAAUUGGUAAAACAUUACUAUUGUACCUACACUUAAGUGGUUUUUGUUGUUUUUUGUUGUUGAUAUUUUCAAGGAAGGACUGUGAAAAAGUCAUGAUACCUUGUCUUUAUAUAACUUUAGUACAUGCUAUUUAACAAUUAAAAGAUUUUCCACCUAUCUUCCAUAUUCUUCUGGUUUGUUGGGAGAAAUUCAUGUUUAUUUUUAGGCCUUAUUGGACAUAAUUACACUGUAAAAUGAUUUUGACUCCAAUGUGAAGAAAAUAGAACGCUUCCUCUUUAUAAAUAUUUUCUUUUUAAUUUAAUUUUUUUUUUAUUUAUUUAUUGCAAAAUCAUGUUAAGUUAUAUUAGUGAUUGCUUUUGUAUUUCUAAAGUAUUUUGGACACAAAACAGUUUAGUCAGAAUGAUUCUAUCUAUCUGCUGUAUUAUACUGUUAGAGGCGGUGAAUAGCAAGAAUCAUUCGGACUAAAAUGCAAACUGUCAACUAUUUUAUGUACUUGUGUUUUUUUUUAUAUUAUUUAUGCAGUCUCGAUAGCGACCUGUUUUGAUUAAUGUGUUCAGUUCUCAGAAUUGGAUUCAGCUGAGUGCUUUAUACUGCCAAUAGAAAUAUUAAAACAGAUAUAUGGCAGUGUUAAAAAUUCUCCUUUUGACUGGGAACAAUGCAUAAAUUUCAGGAAAACGUAACUGAAACAUUUUGUAAAGAAAAUAAAUUAUGUUCUUAGAACAUUAAUGUUUGGUUUUGUGGUGCUAGAUUAUAUUACUCUAAUUUUUCUCGUAACCUCUCUUUCUCUUGUCUCUUUUUGUCAUUGUUCUACAAAACACUUAGCUCAAUAAUGAAAAUUAGAAACAAGUCCUAUCAUCAUAUACCAGUUUAAAAUGGAGGAUUGGCUUGACAAAGUUCUUGCCAGUAUUUUUGACCAACAGACUGAUUUCAAAAACAAACAUUGGCUAUAUAGAUAUUUACUGGUGCUGCUAACUAGAAACUACUGAACAUUUGACAGGAUAUUUUGAUAUAUAUUGUAAAUUCUGAAUGUAUUUUAAAAUAAUUAUGACUGUUCUGUAUGUAUAUCGUAUGUAAAUAAAAUUGUAUAAUAAUA